UCAGAUAUGGUGUUUGAUGGUAGAAUCUGAGAAGAGAAAUUAUGAUUUACUUGUAACCCUAGAUCAACAGAAUUGAUUAUGAACACUGGAUUCAGAAAGUGAAUUCAACAAAUUUUGAAACCUAGAACACUGAUAAAAAUUGCUUCAUUAUUGAAUCAAAUUUGUUCGUGAUGAUAAAGGAUAAUUCCAAAGCAUUCAAUGGAAAGGAGGAAGAAGUUCGAAUUCCUUAUUAUCCUGCACUUCCUUUCGUUGAAGUGGUUUUGAAUUAUGUCAUUUGGAUUGGUGGUGUAUUGGGAUCUAUUUUCAUGUUGUUUUACUCCUCAAGAAAUAACGCCGAAAAAUACAAAAAUGCUGAUUAUGUGGAAAAUGGAUGGAAAGAUUGGAUUGGGAGAUAUAAGGAUGUCUCAGAUUAUGAAUGGUCAUUCUGGGUUGAAUUUCUAUGGCCGGUUGUUGUUAUUGGUUUUACUGGUCACUUUGCUGUUGCACGCCUUGGAGAUUUUUUAUACCCAAAGCAUAGAUUUAAGGUAUAUUUUUUAUAUGGAACUAUAUUCACCACUUUAUUUCUUGGAAUUCGUGGAAUAUUGUUCAUGUUAGGCCAUUUUGUUAUUCAAUAUGUUACAGCUGUGUUGACCAAAAGUGUAAUUGCUUGUUGGAUAACUGGAUGUAUGUUGGCUUAUUCUCUGGUUAAUGAAACCUGCUCAAUGUACGUUCAAAAAUUAUAUAUUGAUGAAGAGAGCAAAGCAUUUUUCUUAAUUUUUGCAACUGCUAUGUGCAAUCUGCGGUAUAUCGCCUUCAGUGUUGAAUAUGUAUGGUCGUGCCAAAAAUUAUCGAAUGCCAGAAAAGAUGAGAAAGAAAAAAUCCCAAUAAUGGUAGAAAAAUCUGAACUUCCAAUUAUGGAAGGAAACAUUCUACGAAAACGUAAUCGUGUUAAAAAUGAAAAAACGAUCACUGAUCAGAAAUCGUCACCUCCUAUUGGUCCAAGUGAAAAAAUCCUCCCAUUGUCAUUCUUAGAUUUACUUGUGUAUCAAAUGUAUUACCCUUUGCUUUAUGGGGGACCUAUCAUUAACUAUAAUGAGUUUGCUAUGCAAAUAAAUAAACCACCGGUGAUAUGGAAGAGUGGAACUGUGAAACAUUUUGUUGUGGGCAUGGCAAGGCAUAUAUUCUGGCAUUUAUUUAUUGAGUUUGUAUUACAUUUCUUUUAUGUCAGUGCAGUAUUUUCUGAUUAUUAUUUGCUGCAAAAAUUGCCUUUACUUGAUCUGUUUGGUGUAGGCAUGGCUCAGGUUAUAUUUUUCUAUUUAAAGUAUGUUGUUAUGUAUGGAAUGCCUGCUCACUUUUCUACAUCGGAUAACCUUGAUGUUCCUAAAGGACCUCAUUGUGUAUUUUCAAAGCACAGAAUGACUGAUAUGUGGAAGUAUUUUGAUAAGGGACUGCAUUUGUGGCUAUUGAGAUACAUAUAUAUUCCCUGUGGUGGGUCUAGGGUUAAUUUGUUGCGUGCAACCAUCAACUCUAUUCUUCCCUUUGCAUUUGUUUCUUUUUGGCAUGGAGCAUCUCGUGUUAAUAUAUAUUGGGGUGCUUUAAGUUGGUUCGGUGUGUAUAUUGAAGGCAUAGCACUCAGAGUUUACAAAAUUGAUUAUGUCGAAAAAUUUGAAUCAAAUUAUCUUACUCCAGCUUGGAGUAGGAGGAUACGAGCUGGAUUGUCAAGUAUCUUCAUGUUUUUGAUGCUUCCCUCAAAUCUGUAUUUUUUAUCUGGAAUAUAUAUUGGUAAUCUUUGCUGGCAAAGAUUUUAUCAUGAAAGUUUUUUGGCAACUUUUCUGAUGCAUUUGGUAUUUUAUGGUGGAUGCCAGAGUUCUAUGGAGUUCGAAAGAAUGGGUCUCUGAGUAAUCAAUAUCUCAAUAGUAUUUUUAAAAUGAUAUUUUCGAUUACUGAAGAUGUGAAAGUAAAUGUAGAUUUUAAAGAAAUUCUUAGACAAUUGUGGAGACUUUCAAAAUGACUCCAAUCAAAACCUAAUGAGAAUUAGAUUCCUUUCUAAAACUGUUUGUUUUAUUUUUAUCAUAUGUUGCUUUUAGACAGUUUUCUGUGAUUUUGCAAUACCUGAAAUAUGUAGAUAGUUUUUUAUUCUUUCUGUACUAAAAUUAUGCCACAGCACACAAUUCUUCAAUUUAGCAUACUUUCAAAUGUAUUUAUUUUUUAUCCCUGUUAGCUUGUUUUGCUUGCAAUGAACAUAGAUUUCAAUAUGCUGCCAGUAGGCCUUGCAGUAAAUUGUCUCAUUUUCAAAUUACAAUUUUCUCUGUAUGAGCAUUUAGUCAGUAGUGUGAAUGAUUUGCACAAAUUAUUAUUACCGGUAUACUAAUUCAUAUGUACCAGGUGUCCUAUGCAUAUUAUGACUUUACUCUUCAACAGAUGUUUUAUGUUAUUUGGUAUUUGUUUAACAUUUUAAUCACGUGACCAAAUUCGAACGAAUAAUUUAUAUUUUAACAUAGCUAGAAAGUGUCUAGAGCAAUGUCUUGCACAGUCAGCGUUUUUUAAUUUACUUUUGGAAGAGAAUAAAAUUUGUUAAACAAUUUUAUCCUGGCGUUCUGUCGGGCAUAUCUCCUUGCCAUUAGAGGUAGGGUGGGUAAUAGUGUGAACAUCAACAGAGGUCAUCACCGUAAUAUCUGGCGGCAUGUAUAUACUAUCUAUGAUCGCCGGAAAUGUGACGUGCGAACAUCUUCAAUGUUGGAUAGUGUUUAUAAUAUAGUCUAGAAACUGGGUCCGGAAUAUGAAUCGACAGUUCAUUUUUUAAUGAUUGAACCGGCGAGAUGUUUGGCAGAGAAAAUAUAUCUCAUCGACCACAACUUGUCGUGACACAUAGCCAAUUAUUGGACUGUCCACUAUUGUUUUAUGUGGCAAGUUCACACGCCUGGCCGGAGGCUUCUAGCUUAUGUUGCGAAUAAAAUACACGAAAGGUUUGCUACGAUAUUGUUUUAAUUAGGUUCCCGUACAUUUGAACCCACGACAAUUGCACCUGCAUACUAUUGCACCCAUGGAUUUUUUUUGUUUUGCGGAUAUUUGAACCCAUGGGUUUUAGCACCCGCAUAUAGAUUGAACCCGCAGUUAUACACAUGGGUUCAAAUGUACGGUCACCUUUUAAUUAGACGCUUCUGUGCAUACAGCGUUCUAUCAACAAUGGGAUUGAAUCAGAAGCACGGAAAUCAGGGUUCGAAGGGUAUCAAAAACGUUUCGGAUGAUCCAUACUAUCCAGAAUUACCAAGUUUUGAAAUCCUGGUAUAUGCUGUGUUAUUGGUGGCAAGCUCAAUUGGUUGCAUGUCGCAAGUUUACUAUGUUUCACAAGAAAACGAAAAAGAUUUAAUUAUAGAUGGCCAGCUGGCGUUGGAAUGGUACCUAUCAGCGAGAAUUGCUGAUAUUUACUGCCCUACUCUAUAGAGAUUCAAAAUAUUUUGUGCAUACGGCAUUGUUUUCAAGUUGAAUUUUUUUGGAUUGCAUGGACUUCCGUUUUUGCUGACCCACUUUACAAUUCAGUAGCCUACCUGGCGGCAUAUUUAACUGAAAGUAUAAUAAUAUGUUGUGCAAUCGAGGAUCGUGGCGCGUAAGCGGCAGCCCAACUCAUCACUACCCAAAGCAUGUACUCAAUCUUGUAACCAUGCCAAAAGGCUGUAUAUACGAAAGCAGAAACGAGUUCAACGAUGCACGAAAGAAAUUUACCCUUGAUCCACCGCAUGAUAAGUAGAUGUAUCAUCUCACGAGAAAUUCAUGUAAUCGUCGAUCAAAUGUUUUCCACAUGUCAGUAGGUCGAUGUAUAGAAAAGAUGCAAUAUUGGCCUUUUGGCGCAUUGAUAUUAUCAGAAGAUGAAAAGUAAGAAGAUAAUCCAAACAUCAAAGAUUACAUCAUCUGAAAAAACAAAACUUGCGAGAGGGCAAGUCCAAAUAGUGCAAAUUUUGGCAUCUUUUCAAUCACGCGAGGUUAUGCAGAUGAAGCCGGUCUAUCGCUAAAAAUAUAACACUCUUCAGUUCUUCAGCCGGUCUAGUGCUAAAAAUAUAAAACUCUUCGGUUUCGAAACUUGCUUUAUUUAUUAAAAUUACCUAAUUCUAUAAUACUAAGUAUCAUCAUUUAACAGUGCCAAAAGUAAAGGGCCUCGGGAAAGAAUAUUAGAACGGCUGAGGAAGGAUUUCAUAUUGGAAACGCAAAAUGCCGCUUCUGUCCUCGAAUGGCCCGAGGCAAUGUUUGAAAUACUGUAUGUGUUACACUACUUGCGCCACGGAUAAUAAGUACAGGCGAGUUGAAACGGAUGUACCGAUGCCAGAGAAUAGAGUAUUAGUACAUACCAAUCCGUGGUACAGGAUCAAUAGACGGAAAUAAAUACGUAACACACGAUUUGAAGCUAUUUGUGACAGUCGUAUAGUAAAUGCAUUAUUCUAUCACCGAAAAUAGAUCAAUGGCAUGUGAAAAGCUACAUAGAAAUGAUAGUGACACGAAGGAGAGAAAAUAUUACUAUCCGAGAUUGCCUUUCUUCGAAGUACUGAUAUGUACUUUGUUAUGGGGAGGUGGUAUUGUGCUUUCAAUAUCUUCGUUGUAUGCAAUAUCGCGCAAAAAUGAGGACAGAUAUAAGCGCUAUGGAUAUUUGGAACAAGGUUGGAAACAUUGGUUGGGAAUUCACCAAGACGCUUACGAUUCCGAAUGGGGACUGUGGAAAAAAUAUCUUUGGGAAUGUACAGUACUGGGCUUCGCUGGACAUUUUAUUAUUUCAAGAUUCGCUGAAAGAGUAUGGCCGGAUAGACGAUUCGAAAUAAUGCUAGUUUAUACUCUUUCAUUUACGGCACAUUUUCUAGGAGUGUAUGGUCUGCUCUUCCUAAUGGGACAUUUCACAAUUCAAUACUUGGCUGUUUUUCUCACUGGAAGUACUACGGUUUGUUGGAUAGCUGGCCUUUCGCUUCUGUAUAGCAUGCAGCACCCGACGUGCUUAAAAACCAUACUAACAUUCUACUCGAAAGAAGACGAAGAUAAAGCAUACGUUUUACUGGUUUGUACUGGUAUGUCAAAUCUACGUUACAUCGGCUACAGCCUUGAAUUUGCCUGGUGGCGCAACGGGCGACGUCAAGAACUGCUAACGGAGCCAGAUAUCGUCGAGCAAAGUCAAUCUAGCAAACAAUCAAAUAAGAAGCAAAAGAGAAAAGAAGAAGACAAGAAAUCGAAUGAACCGGAGUCAAUUUCGGAGUUCAGCUUCAUUGACCUACUUAUUUAUCAAAUGUAUUUUCCAUUGUUUUAUGGUGGUCCUGUAAUGAACUACGAUGAAUUCGUAAGGCAAAGAAGGCGACCACCGAUGAAUUGGGAUGUGGAAAAGACCAAACAGUUUAUUACUGGACUCCUGCGUUUUGCUUUCUGGAAUUUUUUCACAGAUAUCGGAUUGCAUUUCAUUUACACAUCGUCAUUGGCAGCAGAUGUAAGAGUUGUUCAAAAAAUGUCAAUCUUCAACUUGUGCGGUCUUUCUAUGGCGCAAGUAUGGUUAUUUUACAUGAAGUACUUGAUAUGGUAUGGAAUGCCUUCUCAUUUCGCCACGUCUGAUAACAUGAUUGUACCUGGGCAGCCCCAAUGCGUUUAUUCAAAACAUCGAAUGACCGAUUUCUGGAAACUCAUCGACCGUGGUCUUCACAAAUGGUUGGUCAGAUACGUCUAUAUUCCAUGUGGCGGAUCAAAAGCUGGUGUCCUUCGAUCAAUCUUUAGUUUAAUGGUAACUUUUACAUUUGUAACUUAUUGGCACGGCCCAUUAAUUCAUCAUUUAUGGUGGGGAUUCUUUUGUUGGUUCGGAGUUCUAGUUGAAAGUAUUGCGCUGGGAAUAUACAGAACAAAACCGGUGCAAAAUUUUGAAAAUAAAUAUCUGACGCCUGCUUGGAGUAGAAGAAUAAGGGGAGUUUUUUCAUCAUUUGCAUUUGUCUUUUUAAUUGUUUCGAAUCUGUAUUUCCUAGCUGGAUAUCGCGUUGGCAAUAUUUACUGGAAACGGCUAUAUUAUGAAAACAUUUACGCAACUUUAUUAAUCCACGUUGUCCUUUACGGAGCUUCUCAAAGCUCAAUGGACCGAAUAUGAACAAAACAUUUCAAUAUGCAAUUUUAUAUUAUUCAUACUGUUAGAAAAUUACGUGAGUUAUCUUUUGGCUAGUAAAUUUUAAACUUCAACCUGGUCUUGUCUUUUCUAUACUUUGGGAGAGUGCAGUACAGUUGAUUGGACUAGCUUUAAAUGCCGAACGCUACGGUUAGACAAGAGAUUCACCAAAGUGAGGGUUGUGAUAGCAAUUGAUAUAUUUGAGGUACAGGAACCAAACUAUUCUUACUUUUCCCGUUUAUAAUAUACGGCCCUAUUGUUUAUUAGCGUUAUUUAACGCAAUAUGUAGAUGUUGGCACAAUCCCUAUCCACACAACAUGCAGAUUAAGGUAAUACAGGAAUAAUGGUCAAAUACACCAGACUUGAGUACAAUUAACAUCAGUGCGGCGCGAAUAGAGUUAGCGCGCUCUUUUGAAGGGAACAUUGUAACGGAAUCAGCAAUUGCAUGGAGCACUAGUUUCGCCUUUAUACUAGAGUGCUUUCACUAUGACUUUUCUUUUCCAGGCCUCCGCAUAAUUUAGCGUACCAGCUUUGAUAUUAGCGAGAUUAUUUCCUGCAUGCCCUAUUUUCCUAAGCACGGUAUUAUAUAUAUUUAUUAUAUUCCGUUCAAAUCCAUAUCAUUGGCAAUUUAAUUACACAAACAUUUUACAUUU